ACAUGUAUAUGAAUGCAACGCACUCACAACCCUAUCAACUGAAUAUUGUUCACCAUCUCUUCAAUCAAUUGUUGCUUAUAAUUGCCCUAAUCUCCAAGAAUUCUCAGUCCCAAUGAUUGGUGAUCAUUCCGGAAUUCAUCUGCAUCUGAGGUCAACUGCUUUGAAGAAACUACCAUCAUCAAUAUUUCAUCUUAAGGAUCUUCAACACUUCUCCUUUCCAAUUAGUGAGAGCCUUAUGGAUCUUCCUACAAACUUUGCCUUUCAAAUCUCGCUUUCUGACCCUCUUGAACAUAAAUAUGACACUGCAAUCACCUUACAUAAAGUACUACCUAGCCCUGUCUUUCAAUCUGUAGUACGUGUAGUGUUUGAUAAUUGUUGUAGCUUAACUGAAAUCCCAGAAAGCUUCUCUUUGCUAUCAUCAUUAGCGCACUUAAACCUAUAUCGUUGCAUUAAUGUCAGAACCUUGCCCCAAAGCCUUAAGUGCCUUCCACGCCUUGAAGUUCUUAACAUUUUUCAAUCUGAUAUGCUGGAACUCUUGCCAAUGCUUCCACCUUCCUUGAAACGCCUUAGGGUCUGGAAUUGCAAGCUUCUGAAGACAGUGUUGAGUACAAUAAGCGAACCUACCAGGAAAGAUGAGGCUACAUUUUUGUUCCUGAACUGCAAUAAUUUAGAUGAAGACUCGUAUGGUAUCAUUUUGAAAGAUGUUAUUGUAAGGACAGAACUUGUGAUAACACCAUCAUCAUCAGGAACAGAAUUUGAAAACCAAGAAGAAGAAAGAUUCUUUGAUUGUUAUACAUAUUUUGGUGAGAUUUGUUAUUUGUUGCCAGUUAGGGGCAGUAACAUUCAUGACUUGUUUGAUGUCCACUCUACUGAAGAAGCUACUUAUAAGUUGAGUGUUGAAGUGCCUCGAGAUUCCAACUUAGUUGGUUUCCUUUUGUUCAUUGUUGUUUCUGAAGAACAAUGGAGUUGCAUAGAAGAACACACAUGGUACAAUGUUGGUGACCUCCUAGGCUUUGGGUGUGAAUGUUCCUUGGAAACAAGUUGGGGUGAAAAGGUUCAUACAGAAAGCUUCUCCUUGUUACAAUGGCACUGGGAUCAAUUCUACCAUCAUCUCAAUAUUACUUCAGAUCAUGCGUUAUUAUGGUAUGACGAGAAACGCUGUAAGAAGAUAAUGGAAGCAAUUAGAGGGAGAAAAGGAAAAGACAUGAAUGAUGAGAAAGGAUCCACGUCCACUUGCAACAAUGCAAAUCUUACACUUGAAUUCUUUGCUGGGGUGGUGAAUAAAUUGGAUGCAGUGAUACAAGAGUGUGGCAUUCGCUGGAUAUAUCAAAAUGUGGAGGAAGAAGAAGGACCAAGAGGGCGCAAAUCCAAGAGAAGCAGCGAAGAAUCUUAUGAGGAAGAAGGUUCUGAAUCUAAUGAUGAUGAGCAAGAAGAAUCAUCAAUUCCUCCAACAAAGAAGUUUAAGCAAAGUUUGCUAGAACCUCCCUUGAUACUUGACGGAGAAGAAGUAGUAGAGGACUGGAAAAACUUGAAGAAAUCUUGCACAUUGGAUUUGAUAUAUGGAGAUUCAUGUGAUGAGGAAAAGGAACGACAUGUAGCUAGCUCCUCCGGGAACCGCCACACCCCUUUCCCUUUUCUUCCAAAAUCAAACUCACCAACACAACACAUAGCAGCAGCAAAAAUCAACAGAAAAAAAGAAAAGAGAGGUGAGGGUGCGAAUCAGAAGAGAGGAGAAGGGGGGAGAGUGCGCCGGCAAGUCACUGCCGCUCGUCGCGCCGCCGUCGUCACCGAUGAUGGAGGAACGAGGAGAGUGUGUCGCAGACAUGGGGAGCUCGCGCGAGUGAGGAGCGUUGCCACCGCCGUCACGCUGUGCGCUGCCAAUUUCGUUGCACCUCGUCGUCACCAUCGCCGUCGGACCGCCGUGGAGUCGUUGCCGUCGCACCGGCGUUGCGAGCUGCUAUCGAGCCACAAGCAGGACCCGAUGCGAAGAGAGAGAGACAGAACAACGCGAGGAGAGAGAGAAGGCGUUGCGGGGUGGUUUCUACCGCCGCUGCUCUCUCCGCCAUCGCCGUCUGUGGAGCUCGCCGCCGUCGGAGUCACAAGCUGA